AUGAACAAAGAAAAACCAGCAACAGAUGCGUCUACACUUCCAAAAGAUGCAGAAGCUCGUCGACGUAUCAAUAUUCAACAGGUACAAAACGUUCUUCUAGUCUGGUUAGACAGUAAUAUUGAUGAAACAAAUGAUGAUUGUCAAAAUACAAUCACAAAAUUACGAUAUGCUGUUAACGACAUUAAGACAUACACAAAUGUUGAUCAAUGCCUUGAAUUCAUUCAAACAGUUGUCGAUAACAAAAUAUGUCUGAUUAUAUCUGGAUCACUUGGGCAACAUAUUGUACCUCGCGUGCACAAUUUGUCUCAGGUGGAUUCAGUUUUCAUUUUUUGUAGCAGCGCAAAACAUCAUGAACAAUGGGCCAAAGAUUGGCCCAAAAUAAAGGGUGUUUUCACAGAUAUUACACCCAUCUGUGAAGCACUCAAGGAAGCUGCUCAUCAAUGUGAGCAAAAUGCUAUUUCCAUGAGUUUCGUGGGAACAAAUAAAAAGUUGGAUCAAUUAGAUCCUUCUUUUAUGUACACUCAAAUCAUCAAAGAAAUUAUAUUAACCAUCAAAUUCGGUCAAAACCACAUACAAGAUUAUAUCGAUUAUUGUCGUGAUGCGUUUAGAGGUAACAAAAAAGAAAUCAAGAAUAUUAGACAAUUAGAAGAUGAAUAUCAUAACAAAACACCCAUUUAUUGGUACACCUGUGAUAUGUUUUUGUAUCCCAUGCUUAAUCGUGCAUUACGAUUGAUGGAUGGAGAUAUCAUUACACGUAUGGGCUUCUUCAUCGGUGAUUUGCAUCGACACAUCAAACAACUGCACCAGGAGCAAUAUGUUGGUACACCUGUUGCUGAUACCUUCACCGUUUAUCGUGGUCAAGGAUUAUCGACAGGGGAUUUUGAAAAAAUGAUGAAAACCAAAGGUGGUCUCAUUUCAUUCAAUAACUUCUUAUCAACUAGUAAAGAUCGUAACAUAUCACUUGGUUUUGCUCAAGGUGCGAUGACAAAUCCAGAUCAAGAUAUCAAACAAAUGGGUGGAAAUAAUCGUUUAUAUGACGUCAAUUUGACACUUACUGCUGAUAACGAUCCAGAAUUAAGCAGACUUACUGAUUACAUUCGACAAGAAACUUUUCCAGCUGAAGAUAUUUAUCAAGUUUUACUUGAUCAGACAAACGAUGAUGAAGAAAAGGCAUUUGUUUAUCACCUACUUGGUUCGAUCAAAGAUGAUCAAGGAAAAUAUGAAGAAGCACUUACAUUCUAUGAAAAAUCGCUUGCUAUCCAUCAAAAAACUCUUCCUUCUAACCAUCCUGACUUGGCUUCUUCCUACAACGACAUUAGUUUAGUGUAUUACAAUAUAGGUAAUUAUCCCAAAGCACUUUUAUCUCAUGAAAAAGCCCUUGAAAUUCAACAAGAAUCACUUCCUCUCAAUCAUCCUGAUUUGGCUUCUUCCUACUACAACAUUGGUCUGGUAUAUGAAAACAUGGGUAACGAUUCAAAAGCUCGUACAUUUUAUGAACAUGCUAUACAAAUUGGAGAACAAUCAUUACCUUCAAGUCAUCCUGAUAUUGAGUUAUUUAGAAAUAAUCUUAAAAACGUAAAAAACAAAUAA